AUUUUAUUAUAAUAUUUGUACUCUUCUACUUUCAGAAAUGUUUUUCUCUUCUCUCUGUAUCCUUAAUUCUGAAGGAAGCACAGUACUUUGAUUUCUGAAUUUCCCAAUACUAUUUUAAAUUAAUUACAUACAAAUCGCAUAAAUUAUAAAUGACAUGAGGUUAUGGUGUUAAAAUGUAGUUGUGGUGUACUACUUUAAAUAAGUUUAUAACACUUUUCAUCUGAAGUCUCUGAGGUUUGGCACCAAACAUCCUACAAAAGAAAAGGAAUUGACAUAAAAUCAUUUUACAUGAACAUUUUCUUUUUCCCUUCCCUGAGUGUAUUCCAUUAAUUUCCCACUCUGUGGGGUGUGCCAAUCAAAUGGUAUUAACAUCUUGUUCAAAUGAGUGUUGUUAAAUAAUCUCCUUUUUAAUAUCAGAGUCUUUGGCCUUUGGGAGAUUUAAUUUAAAAAACCCAUCUGAAACUGAUCACAAAACAUUACAUAUGGAAGAGUUAUAAGGUAAUAAAUCUUGAACUAAAGAGACUUUAGAAGUUAUCUAUUCCGGUUUCUUAUUUUUACCAAAAAAAGUUUACCUUGUGUCAUAUAAGUAAUAAUUAUCAGAAGUAAGAUGUGAAUUUCAGUUACACAUGUUGUUUUCCCCACCCCAUUCAGGCCAAUUUCUCCUAUGAUUGUCUUUAAUUUAUUUUCAUGGUUAAAAUCUAAGAAAUAUAAUUUUAUAUAAACUUUUGUGGAACAAGACAUAAUUAUCAGUACUGGGAGUAGAAAAGUUAUUUAAGAAGGACACAUGCAAUCUAACUUGCCCCCUCAAAUAAAAAAUUUUAGUGAAUAAAAAGUUUCAAUUAAGGUGGAAAGCCAUGCCAAAGUACUCAAACUAUGGUCUUUAUAUUUUGACCAUAUUUUUUCCCCUUAAGUGGCGAUAGACAUGCCCGAGGUUUAUUGGGGCUAAGGAGCUUGCUGAGCAUCACAUAGUAAGUGUGACAGAGGAGACUAAAUCAAAGUUUUCAUGAUUCUAAGCCCUAUCAUUCCAAGAAACCAAUGUACUUCUUCUUUGGUCACAUUUACAUGAAAAGGAACCAAUUAUCCACUAUUAUUUCAUUACUAAAUAACCAAUACAUAAAUCUAUAUAAACAAAGUAAUAUAAACAAAAUAUUUGCCUAUUAAUUGGUAUAUGGCUAUAUAAAUUGUGUCACAAGAAUGUAAUGGAAUGUAUUGAAACAACAAAUUUGAAGAAUACAGAGAAUGAUGGGAAGACAAACACAAAUAAUAGAAAAAAGAUAAUAUAAAAGAAGAAAACAAUCUAAACAAUAACUUUUAAGUGGAAACAAAAAACAAAAAAUCUAAACUAAGUGAUAAGAAAUUAUAAUGCCUAAGUUUGGUCCCAAGAAGAGAAGAUUAGGCAAAAUAUUCAACUUGUUUAUUGGAUUAGUUAGCAUUGCAUAGCUGGGUUUUUUUCUUCAUUAUCAGUUAUCAAUGCUUGGGAAUGGGAAGAGAGAGGGCUAUAUUGGGAAAUGAAUCUCUGUAAAAACAAAAGAUAUCAAUAAUUUGAAAAAGGAAACACUAAUACAUGAAUGUGAAAUCAGGAAAGAAGUUUGUUCCCUCUGCCACAGCAUUCUAGGAUGUGGAACAUCAGACUAACCUUCCAUGAAAGAGUUGUAAUCUUUUCUUUUGGCUUUCAUAGCACUAUUUCAUAAACCUCCAAGCAUAUUUUUCACUGGCAGAGUUUUCCUGAAGAAACAUAUAUACUUAGAACUUGGGUACCUUAGUUCAUCACAAAAUAAACACUAACCAAUUAAAAAAAUAUUUUCUACCUAUUACCAUAACCACUGUAGCGUGAUGUGUGAGAAAGCAGGCUUUUUGGGUUAGUAAAAAGGAACUGAAAGGAAAAUAAAUGCUCAUAUAUUGAUGAACAACUGAAUAAAUUGUGACACAGGAAUAAUUAUUAUGCAGCUACAACCAACAAAGACAAAGAAACAAAUAUUAAGAAUUCAAAGAAACUUGGAAAGACUUGUAAGAACAGAUGAAGUAGCAAAAGUGGAAGCAGUAGAAUAAAUUGCAUUUUAAGCAUAAUAAUGGAAAGAAAAGCAAAUCUGAAAGAUUUCAGAAUUCCAAUCAAUGCAACAACUUAUUUUGUCUUUAGGGAACAGAAAAGGUCUUUCUCUAUAGGAAAUUAACUGACUAUGGGUGUCCAAAGGUGAACAUAAUUUUUAGGUAUCCCCAUUGUAUUGAUUUGUUUUGUUAAACUAUAUUUUGUUAUUAAGAGGAGUGUUUGUAAAGAAUUGAGUCAUUGUGAAAUAAUAAGACUGUAAAAAGAAUUUAUAAAACCAUUUUAAAAAUAAGGGACAGUUCAGAACCAUUAUCUCAUACAGGAUACGUAUUAAAUUGAAUCCCUUAGAAUAUCGGGUUCUCAUCAAUAAAUAGAUCGUCUCCCUAUUCUUUCUGCCCAGAAUCAGGAAAAUUUAUCUCCUUUCUGGGAAAACACAGAUGAAACACAAUUUCCUGGAUUUGUGUGCCAGUCAGUGGAAUUUAGGAAUAUACAUGCACUCAUUUGGAUCGGUGAGUGGGAGAAUAGUGUAUAGUAUCUACUUAAUGGCAAGGAGCAUGAAAUUCCUGGGUCAUUCUUCCAAUUCAGUUAAAUAAUUUUAAAAAUGUUUAAAGUUUAAAAAUGACACCGAAAUCAUAUGGGACCCUCUUGCAUGUAUUUAUACACUCAGACUCCCAAAGCAGAACUUUCAUAGCCGAAAAUCAGUUCGAAAUUCUUUUUUUUUUUUUUUUUUUUUUGCACCCUCAAACUUAGGAUUUAUUCUUGCUCUUAUCAGAGUCUCUAAAAACCAUCCGCGAUGGGCCUAUUACAUGAAGGUGUAUGUAGUUUUUUUUUUUUUAGCUUAAAAAUUGUGUUAAAAUGUUCGAAUGGUUGCAGCCUUUUCACAGUACUUAUCUUUAACAUGUAUGUAUGUAUGUAUGUAUGUGUAUGUAUAUAUAUACAUAUAUAUAUGGUAUUAGACAAAAUCCUAAAUCAAGACAUAGUGUCAUUUCUUAGUGCUUGCAACAUUGAUAUGGAUUCUCUUGUAAAGAACGACCAGAGACGCGUUGAAAAACAUAAAGUAAUUCAAGACAGGGCAUCUGGCAUGAUUAUUUAAACUACAUUCUGGGAUGGUGAUGAAUCGCAUGGUGGCGAUGCAGGCUAAGAAGACGCAGAAAAGAUCAGCGGAUACGCCAAUUCCCAGAAAAAAAACAGUGCUGAAUCAGUCAAGAGGAGCUUUCUUAACGAGCUAAAGGAAGGAUUCGGGCACCUCAUAUUUCUGAGAUACCAAUCAGACUGAGGAAAGUUAUAUCCUCGAAUUAGCGUUUGCAGUUGCGCUAGGACACACUGAUUGAAAGGAGGAGAUCAAAAAUAGAGGAAGGAGCCAUGAUUCCUCAGCAAAGGCAAGUUCUCUUUCUCCUUGUUCUUCUGGGUGUGUCUGGGGCGGCCUCGGAGCCGGAGCAGUUUUCUGUAGUGGAGGAAAUGGAGAGAGGCUCUUUUGUGGCCAAUAUGGCAAAGUCCUUGGGCCUGGAGAUAGGGGAGCUGUCAGAUCGGGGAGGCAUGGUCUCUUUCAAAGGGAACAAAGAGUAUUUGCAGCUGAACCGUGGAACUGGGGAUCUGCUCCUGAGAGAGAAACUGGAUCGAGAGGAGCUGUGUGGCACGGCUGAGCCUUGUAUACUGACUUUUCAGAUCUUACUAGAAAAUCCCUUUCAGAUUAUUCUAGCUGAAUUACGGGUACAAGACAUUAAUGAUCAUUCCCCAGUGUUCUUAGAAACUGAGAUGCUCCUGAAAAUUCCUGAGAGCACCUUACCGGGGACUAUAUUUCUGCUUGAAAGUGCUAGAGAUUUGGAUGUAGGAAACAACAGUAUCCAGAACUACCUACUCACUCCCAAUUCACUUUUCCAUAUUCAAAUUCGAGAUAGCAGUGAGGGCAGGAAAUAUCCAGAGCUUGUUCUGGAUGAAACGCUGGAUCGGGAGAAGCAGUCUGAGGUCACUUUAACUCUCACUGCAGUGGAUGGGGGAGUCCCACCAAGGUCUGGAACUGCCCAAGUCCGAGUUCUCGUAGUGGAUAUCAAUGACAACGCGCCAGUGUUUGCUCAGUCUCAAUAUAACAUUCACAUCCCUGAAAACAGUUCCAUUGGAUCCAAGGUUGUCACAGUUUCUGCCACAGAUUUAGACGCAGGGAAUUAUGGAGAAAUAUCUUACACAUUUUUGUAUCCCCCUGAAAACAUUCGUAAAACUUUUCACCUUAAAGAGAAAUUAGGUGAACUUUACUUGAGGGAAAAUGUGGACUUUGAAUCAACUCAAUCUUACAUUAUAAAUGUCCAAGCCAUAGACGGUGGGGGUCUUUCAGCACAAUGUACUGUUAUUGUUCAGGUGACAGAUCUGAAUGACAAUCCUCCAGAGCUGACGAUAUCUUCACUUAUCAAUCCCAUCCCAGAAAAUUCUCCUGAGACAGUGGUAGCUGUCUUCAGGGUUUCAGAUCUGGACUCUGGGGAAAAUGGAAAGAUGGUUUGCUUCAUCCAAGAUGACCUUCCUUUUGCCCUGAAACCUUCCAUUGAGAACUUUUACACACUGGUAACAGAAGGAGCAUUGGACAGAGAGAGCAGGGCAGAAUACAACAUCACUAUUACAGUGAUGGAUUUGGGGUCCCCGAGGCUCAAAUCUGAGCACAAUAUCACGGUGCUCAUCUCCGAUGUCAAUGAUAAUCCUCCUGUGUUUUCUCAAACAGCCUACAAAUUGUACCUGCAGGAGAACAACAAUCCUGCCCUCCACAUUGGCAGUGUCAGUGCCAGUGACAGGGACUCAGGAAUCAAUGCCAAAGUCACCUACUCUCUGCUGCCUCCAGAGACUGGAGAACUGCCCCUCUUCUCCUACAUCUCCAUCAACUCAGACAAUGGCCAUCUCUAUGCUUUGCGAUCCCUGGAUUAUGAAGCUAUCCAAACAUUCCAGUUCACUGUGAGGGCAGCUGAUGGUGGUUCUCCAUCACUGAGUAGCCAAGUUCUGGUUCAUAUUGUGGUACAGGAUGAGAAUGAUAAUUCUCCCUUUGUUCUGUACCCCCUGCAGAAUGGCACAGCUCCCUGCAAUGAUCUGGUGCCCAGAACUGCAGAGCCAGGUUACCUGGUAACCAAGGUGGUAGCUGUGGAUAGGGACUGGGGACAGAAUUCCUGGCUUUUUUAUCAGCUACUCAAGGCCACAGACCCAGGUCUCUUCACUUUGUGGGCUCACAAUGGGGAAGUUCGCACAGCAAGGCCCAUCAGUGACAAAGAUGCCAUGAAGCAGACUCUUGUGGUGUUGGUGAAGGAUAAUGGACAGCCAUCUAUGUCCACCAUGGCUACACUAAAUGUGCUCCUGGUGGAUGGCUUCUCUGAACCCUACCUGCAGCUACCAGAUGCAUCUAAGGAGCAGGUCCAAACUGAUUCCCUAACCACCUAUCUAGUCAUUUCCCUGGCCUCUAUCUCCUUCCUCUUUCUGGUCUCUGUUUUUAUGUUCAUUGCCAUUUGUCUGUGGAAGAGAAAGAAGGAUACCACUGUCAUUAAUCAAAUAACUUCAAAUAGCUCAUUCCCAGGUCACUUAGUGGAUGUCAGCAGGACAGGAACCCUGUCCCAGAGUUACCAGUAUGAGGUGUGUUUGACCAGUGGCUCAGGAACCAGUGAAUUUAAGUUCCUAAAGCCAAUUGUUUCCAGCCUUCCUACUUUGGAGGUAAAUGAGAACUCGAUUGAAAACUCAGCUUUAAGGAAUAGCUUUUGCUUUACUUAGGAUCUGAUAUGUGCUACAAUGCAUAGAGGCUAGGUUUUAUGGCAUCCUUCCCUUUCCUCUUUCAUUAGUUGCUUGUCCUCCUAUAGCAUGAAAAGAGUAAUUUUCCAUACUUUUCCAUUUUGUCAUAAGGUUUUAAAUUUCCAUCCAAUCCUACACACAUAUUUUCCUUUUCUCCCUGCAUUCUUUCCCUGUAAAUCUUUCUCUUCUCUUUUUGUUCCCUUACAUCUUAAAAAUUAUACCCUAUUAAUUUUUUUAAUGAGUAGACUACCAUAUGUUCCCUUUCUCAUUUAAAAUUUAAAUGUUAAUAUUUCUUAGUCAAGUAAUUCAGUCAAUGUUUUUCAAGUGCUCAAAUUUGAUUGUGACUCCUUACUCUCACUCAGACUUAUCUUCUUCUGUAUGACUAUCAAAAGAAUGUUUUCCAAGUGUUCUUUUUUAUUAUGACAAUAAAAAUAAUUGUGGUUCUCUUGAAGGGCAUUCUAAGCAUCUGUUCUGAUCUUCUGGGGGAUUUUUCUCUUCUUAUUUACUUCCCACCACUUUUAACAUGAAAGAUCUUUAGAGAACGGUGAUAAUCUUGUAACUUACUCGCUGUGACCCUGUAAUUUUUAUAAUUUACCAUAUACUUUAAAAAAAUUAAGAUUGAAGCUAUUUGCUUAGAUUUUGUUUUUAAGUGUUGCAUUGACAUCACUGAAAAUAUUCUUAUUUGUUGUUUCUGAUGUCGGUCCCCUAAAUAAUGUCUAAAAAACAAGGUCUAAUAAAGAACUAAUGAUUGAUGAAAAAUUGGUAUAACACACCUUUAUGAAGGUAAUGAAGACAAUUCUAUAGUAAAUUCUUGUGAAGAAAGAGGAUGUGAAAAAAAAGAAAGACUAUGUGCUGGUUUGGAGACAACUGGGAAAUACUAAAUGAAGACUUCUCAUCACUGAAUAUUCCAAUGACAUUGCUCAUUUAUGAUGAUUUCUACACAUUCUCAAUGUAAAUUUGAAGAAGUGGGGUCAUGCCUGUUUUUAUUGUUCUUUAAAGUCAUCCUUGUGAGCUACUUUGUAUGUGUUUAUGCCACUUUUCCCCUUUAGUUCCAUAGAUUUGAAUAUUUGCAUCAUUUGCAUAAAGGCUUCUACCUUGCAGAGUUGUUGUGAGGUUCAAAUGAGAUGUUUAUAAAGUUCUUAGC